UUUGCCGUCAACUUGCCGGCCUCUGGCACCAAACUCUGAAGCCUGACCGUCCUCGACCUGUACUGCUGACUUAGCUACAUUUCUUGGCUACAAACCAACUAUCCUUUACUCUCGCCAUGGCCUUCUCGCAGAGGACAACUGUUUUAUUGCGCUCAACCCAUGCUUGCAGACGGCAUGCUCCCAUCCGAUACCUUGCAACUCCUGCUGCUCCCAAGGCCAAAUCUAAGUUCGCUGACACCCUCAACAACGGCCCUUCCCUGGAAGACUUCAUUUCUUCUGACGAGACACCAGAACGAGUGAUUCUCGGAAACACUAAGGCUCCCCGGUUGCCCAGCUUCCUAAAGACCAAAAUAGCUUCAGGAUCUUCCUUCAAUAAGAUCAAGAAAGACCUUCGCGGCCUCAACUUGCACACAGUGUGUGAAGAGGCACGCUGUCCGAACAUAGGAGACUGCUGGGGCGGCAAGGAAGGUGCCACGGAGGAAGAAGGAAAGAGAGCGGCUACUGCAACCAUAAUGCUCAUGGGCGAUACCUGCACGCGAGGCUGCCGUUUUUGCUCUGUGAAGACAUCACGGGCCCCUCUACCGUUGGACCCUCAUGAACCUGAAAAUACUGCGGAAGCUAUCAGUCGAUGGGGAUUGGGUUACAUCGUUCUUACUAGUGUGGACCGAGACGACCUUGCGGACGGCGGCGCUCGCCACUUCGCCGAAACCAUUAGCAAAAUCAAACAGAAAGCCCCCCAAAUCCUAGUUGAAGCUCUGACAGGUGAUUUUGCGGGGUCGAUGGAGCACGUCUCACUUGUCGCAAAGUCUGGAUUGGACGUUUAUGCGCAUAACGUCGAAACUGUAGAAGCUUUGACGCCUUACGUUCGCGACCGUCGCGCAACCUUCCGGCAAAGUCUCAGAGUUCUUGAACAAGCGAAGAAAGAGGGUGUUCGCAUCACAAAGACGAGUAUCAUGCUUGGAGUAGGAGAGGCAGAGGCCCAACUCUAUGAUGCUCUUCGUGAACUCCGAAAGGUCGACGUUGACGUGGUCACCUUUGGGCAAUAUAUGAGACCAACAAAGCGACACAUGAAGGUCGAUCGCUAUGUCGAACCCUCUGAGUUCGAUCACUGGAAGCAAGUCGCCGAAGAUAUGGGCUUCCUGUACGUUGCCAGCGGUCCUUUGGUUCGGAGCAGCUACAAGGCUGGAGAGUAUUUCAUAGAGAAUGUUCUAAAGGGCAAAGGUAAUGAGAACAAAGCGAAGAAACUUCUGCCGCAAGACAAGUCUGACAUUACCACAUCAUGCUGAAUCUCCGAGUCAUGACAAGUAGACGUCAUCAACACAUAUGAGUGUCCUUACAAAUACCAGAUAUGUAAUGCCCCGUACAUAUAUAGUUAUCUUACCUUAAUUAACUGUUAACUUACC